AUGUUGGCCAACAUCAUCAGAGCCGUCGGUGCUUUGUUGUUCCUGUCGUUCGUUUCCGCCAGCGGCCUAGACACCCCAAACAGCAGGGGCCACAGGGGGCAGAUCAUCAGGGAUGUUGAAGCAACCAACGAGAUGACGCCGGCCCAUGAUUCACAGCACGAGGGCAGGUCCAUUCUUCGAUAUCGCGGCACCUCACCAGGUCAAGCAGUCAAGCCCGGGACCGAUCUCCGGAUCCUCUGCGCAGGCGACUCUAUCACUGUCGGGUUCCUCAAGGACGUUGUUCAGUUUCCUGGAACAGAAGUGACUGGAAAGAUGUUUGAUGGCUAUUUUGCGGCAUGGUCAGGGAGGACAGUUCAAUUCAUCGCCGACCACAUCGGCCCUUCGUUGGCGCAGCAGCCAAACAUCAUCUUGCUGCAUGCCGGGACUAACGACAUGAGCUCCAACGGCGCCGUCUCCACCGAAGGGCAGGACCCAAAGGCAGCAGCCAGCCGCCUCGGCGCGCUAAUCGAUCAAAUGAUCAUGGGCUCCCCUGGCGCCGCCAUCUUGGUCGCCAUGAUCGUCAACACCUGCGAUCAAGACCAGUCGGACAGGACCAAGGAGUACCAGCAGCUGAUUCCAGGAGUUGUCAAGCAGCGUAGAGACGGCGGUCACCACGUGCUGGCUGUGGACUUUACAGACCUCUCCGUGGAGACCCUCCAGGACUGUAUCCAUCCGACCAACGCGGGAUACAAGCUGUUUGGCGACUACUGGUACGACUUUAUGCUGCAGAUUCCCAAGGACUGGAUCGAAAAGCCGGUGGGGGAUGCGCCGAUCCGCAACGGCGGCCGCAGAACCACCCCUGCUGUCUCCUUGUUCCUGAUUCUUUUUAUGCUUCCUUAUUGUCUGUGACUACACCUUGGGCUCUAGCCCUCAGUGAGCAGCCACGAAGUCGUGCGUCCGCUGCGUUGCUCGACCACAUAUUCUCUCUACUCAGAGUUCAAGCUUACAUUCCUGAAAAAGAGCUGCCUAGGCUUGAUGCAGAUCAAAAGCAUGCCGGUGACACAUGAGGGCGAUGGCAAAAUCUUGACGAAAGGUUGACUCUUUUACGCCAAACUGGCGGCAGCAGAAGCAACCAGCACGCCUUUACGAUCCCAGAGAUUGCACUACUUUUGUGUCAGUCCGCCCAAACAAAUCAUUGUCCGCCGAGCCGUCCUGUUCUGGAUCUGAAGAAUGCAGCACUACUCAAUUCUUAGUCCGAGCCAGCGACGCUGCACCUACCAAACAACAGCCACUGCUUGAAAAAUUGCUUCAUACCUGUCAGUCUGACAAUCCAGGCUUGCUGUCCGUUUGCCCCAGUGUCUUGUGCAAAUCCUCGUGCCUGCUGUGGUAGCCUAGGUUGCCUUGCUGCUAGUUUCAUCAUAAUGGCAUAUUUUAUUCAACAGAAUCAACACGACAAAUGGAUAAAGAAG